UAUCUGUGACAUUUGUUUAAAAACAACCCUCAUUUUUGCUCAAUGUUUUUGCCGGCGGUAAAAAGUUGAAAACGUGCACCUAAUGAACAAAAUCAAUGAAAUUUAGUUCACCAAAGGGGCUUUCCUCAAUAUGGCACUAGAAAAUCCGAAGAAAACAGCCAAAGUCGUCGUGCUAGGAGAUAUUGGAAGAAGUCCACGUAUGCAAUAUCAUGCGUUAUCUUUAGCUAAUUCCGGCCUUAAUGUUAACAUAAUUUCUUACGUAGAGACUGCACCACUCACAGAAAUCUUGGAGAAUCCAAGUAUACGUAUAACUAAGCUUCAUCCACUAGUUUUUGAGAGGGGUCCCAAGCUGGUUAGGUACGCGGCGAAAGCGAUAUGGCAGGCUGUGAGUCUUCUUUUAACAUUAUUUAUGAGUGGGAAAUGCGAUUUUCUGUUAUGCCAGAACCCGCCGGCGAUCCCAACUUUGCCAAUCUGCCGUUUCUAUUGCUUAGUAACAAGAACUGUAUUUGUGAUAGACUGGCAUAAUUAUGCAUUUUCCAUCAUGGCCAUGGCGCUCGAUCAGGACCAUUUCUUGGUGAGAAUAGCGAGAAAUAUAGAGAAAUUCUUUGGCCAGUCCUCACAGCACAACUUGUGUGUUACUUAUGCCAUGAAAGAGGAUCUUUUGCAGAACUGGAAUAUUGUGACAUCAGUACUUUAUGAUAGACCUCCAAAAAUAUUCCACCCUAUUUCUACGGAGGAAAAACACAUCUGGUUUCUUAAAAUUAGCCAGCAAUAUCCUGAAUUUGCUAGUUCAGGACAAGAACAAGCUGGUGAUGUAACAGAGAGAACCGCCUUCACGCAGGUUGUGAAUGGCCAAGUGGAGCUGAGGGGAGACCGGCCAGGACUGCUGUUUAGCAGUACCAGCUGGACUCCUGAUGAGGAUUUUAGCAUACUCAUGGAAGCCUUGCAAGUCUAUGAAACAACUUUCAAUCUAACAAACAAGCUUCCUAAACUGAUAUGCGUCAUCACCGGGAAAGGGCCAAUGAAGGAGCACUAUGCAAAACAAAUUAGAGAUAAGAGCUGGAAGCAUGUAAAAGUAGUAAUGCCAUGGUUGGAGGCCACAGACUAUCCCACUAUGGUGGCCAGUGCUGAUCUGGGAGUGUGCCUCCACACAAGCUCCUCAGGCCUAGACCUUCCUAUGAAAGUAGUUGAUAUGUAUGGUGCUGGACUGCCGGUGUGUGCAUUUGAUUUUUUGUGCCUUGAUGAGCUGGUGGAAAAUGGAGUGAACGGGCACACUUUCAAAAACAGUGAUGAGCUUUCUAAACAAAUAGUGAGAUGGUUUGAAGACUUCCCUGUUAACGAGAAGCAAAACAAAAUAGCCGAAAGGAUGCGCAGAGAGCUGGUCAAGUUCCAGGAAUCCCGAUGGGAGGAAAACUGGAACUUGAGAGCUAAAAAGAUUUUUGAAUUGUGAUACAUAAUAUUAUAUAAAUAGGUUUAUAUAUGUAAAUUAUUUAUAAAUGAAAUGUAUUUUUAUAGAUUGUUAAUACUUGAAUAUAUCUUUCUAUGCAAUAAAAUC